AUGUCGGAAGGCUUACCUCAGGGUUCUGUCCUUAGUCCCUUGUUGUUCAACGUAUACACGGCACACCUUCAAAAUGAGAUUGGCCAGGACGCUCGGAUCAUGCAAUAUGCAGAUGAUCUAAUAUUAUCACAUAGUGGAGUGUCAUUAAAUGAUGUGAUCAAAAAAAUGGAUCAGACCAUGACGUCAUUUGGAAAAUGGACCACAUCACUGGGAUUUUCAAUCUCCGAGAAUAAAAGUGCAGUAUCGUUUUUCACCAGACAAAGGAAUUCUAUUGCGAUGGAGUCAAUAAAAUUAGGUAGAUACACCUUAAAAAUACAAACUACCACAAAAUGUCUGGGUUUGACUAUAGAUAACAAAUUACGAUGGGGUCCACAUUUGGAAAAUCUGUCAAGAAAAUGUGAAGAUGCAUUAAAUAUCUUGAGAGUAUUAAAUCACAUGAUGUAUGGCGCUGACGUGAAGGUUGCAAUCAGGAUAUAUAAACAGCUUAUAUUAUCUAAACUUGAUUAUGGCUGCUUCAUUUAUGGGGAUGCAAGUAAAAAUCUACUACGCAAACUGGAUACCCUGCAAAAUAAAGCUAUAAGGUAUUGCCUGGGAGUUUUGCGUUCAACGCCCAUUAACGCCUUACAUGUGGAAGCACACAUAAUGCCUCUGCAUUUGAGGAGGAAACUGUUAGCAACGAAAUUCGUUAUUGACAGAAUAAGGUCCAACAACGUAGAGGUGAUACAAAAAAUUAGUAGUGCUAACAACUGUCAGAACAGACAAUAUUGGCAGAAUAAGAAGAAACCUAUACUUAUGUCAGUGAUCUCAGAAACUGAAUACAAAUGCAAGCCAUUAGAAGAACAAAACAAAGCAACAAAAUUCUACUUCAACUAUGAAAUCACGACUACAAACCUUCAAAAUAUCAUACAGACGGAAUUUUGUAAUAUAUAUAGCAGUCCAAUUGAUUGGGGGUAUAGAUUAGAAAUUGAAGAUAAAAUUAAAAACACGUUUCCGGACUUCGAGGUUUUCUUCACAGAUGGUUCAAAAGGUCCUGAGGGCGUAGGUGCUUGCAUCUAUCAUCAGAACACUAACUUAUAUACUAAAUAUAAGUUAGAUAUAAAUGCGUCGAUUUAUACAGCUGAAAUGUACGCCAUAAACAAAUGUAUUCGGAACAUCGCCUCACUUAGCUUGGAGAAAGCCGUUGUAUUCAGUGAUAGCCGAUCAUCUUUAGAGAGCCUGCUAUCUAUAGGCAGGGACCCAAGUUUUUUAGUGUUAGAUACUCUUAAUCAUAUACAUAACAUACUCUCGAAAAGAAAAUCCGUUUACUUAAUUUGGAUCAAGAGUCAUAUUGGAGUAACAGGGAAUGAAGCUGCUGACAAAGGAGCAAAAGAUGCAAUAAACACGGGUAUAAUCGUAGAAGAUGGAAUAUCCCACCAAGAUAUCAAAAACCUAUUUAAGGCAAAGAUAUACAAGGAGUGGCAAUUGGAAUUCCAAGAGUCAAGUCGUGAAAAAGGACAGUUUUAUGCAGCCAUACAAGAACAAAUUCCUGUCAGACCAUGGUUGACAAAUUUACGAGGAGUCGUCAUUUUUACUGCAUUUUUAAUCGUCUGA